GGCCCGGGCAGCGCCAUGCAGAGAGCGGCGGGCGGCGGCGCCCCCGGGGGCAGCGGCGGGGGCAGCGGCGGUCCGGGCGCCGCCUUCUCCAUCGACUCGCUCAUCGGGCCGCCGCCGCCGCGCUCGGGCCACCUGCUCUACACCGGCUACCCCAUGUUCAUGCCCUACCGGCCGCUCGUGCUGCCGCAGGCGCUGGCCCCCGCUCCGCUGCCCGCCGGCCUGCCGCCGCUGGCCCCGCUCGCCUCCUUCGCGGGCCGCCUGAGCAACACCUUCUGCGCGGGACUGGGCCAGGCAGUGCCCUCGAUGGUGGCGCUGACCACUGCGCUGCCCAGCUUCGCCGAGCCUCCCGACGCCUACUACGGUCCCCCGGAGCUCGCCGCUGCCGCCGCCGCCUCCACCUCCUCGCGCGGCAACCCCGAGCCGGCGGCCCGGCGCACAGAGGGAUCGCUGGACGCCGACGAGCUGCUGCCCGCGCGCGAGAAAGUGGCUGAGCCCCCGCCGCCCCCGCCUCCGCACUUCUCAGAGACUUUCCCGAGUCUGCCGGCAGAGGGGAAGGUGUACAGCUCAGAUGAGGAGAAGCUGGAGGCCCCAGCAGGAGACCCAGCAGGCAGCGAGCAAGAGGAAGAGGGCUCAGGUGGUGACAGCGAGGACAGCUUCCUGGACAGUUCUGCAGGGGGCCCAGGGGCUCUUCUGGGACCUAAACCGAAGCUAAAGGGAAGCCUGGGGACUGGCGCUGAGGAGGGGGCACCAGUGGCCACGGGGGUCAGCACACCUGGGGGGAAAAGCCGGAGGCGGCGCACAGCCUUCACCAGUGAGCAGCUUUUGGAGCUGGAGAAGGAGUUUCACUGCAAGAAAUACCUGAGCCUGACGGAGCGCUCGCAGAUCGCCCACGCCCUCAAGCUCAGCGAGGUGCAGGUGAAGAUCUGGUUCCAGAACCGCAGGGCCAAGUGGAAGCGCAUCAAGGCUGGCAAUGUGAGCAGCCGUUCCGGGGAGCCCGUGAGAAACCCCAAGAUUGUAGUGCCCAUACCUGUGCAUGUCAAUAGGUUUGCUGUGCGCAGCCAGCACCAACAGAUGGAGCAGGGAGCCCGGCCCUGACCAGGCUCCUGGGGGGACUGGAAGGCAAAGGAUCUGCACCAAGACUCACUGGGUGCUGCAGACGAGAGGGGCCGGGUAGACCCUGCUCUGGGAGAGGCCAGCUGGAUUGGAGACAUGAUGAUUACUUGGCCUGGAACUGCUCUGGAGACCUCAGA